UAAAUUCAUCAAGCUAAUAGUGUUUUGUUGUGAGAUUACAGACGAAUCAGCUAUUAAUCAAAUGACUGUAUCUGGGUCUACUCUUCACCAAUUACUGAAAAACUCUUCAAACUCAGGUAACUUGGCUAACCAACGGACUGAAUUGGGAUCUCAACAAACCACUACCACAAUGGCGGUGGAAAGUCAGGAAUUGAUUGUGACUCCAUCUUGCGAUUUCAACAAUUCUGGAUAUUCGUUGAAGGGUGUUCUAAAUGACUCCACGGAUUCAGACAUAGAAGCCAAAAAGUGUGACACUGAAUUGAAGGAUGUAGAAAUGAAUUUGGAGGGAUCCACGGAUUCAGACAUUGAAACAGAAAAGUGUGACACUGAAUUGAAUGAUGUAGAAAUGAAUACUGAAUUGAAGGAUGCAGAAAUGAAUUUGGAAGAAUUCACAGAUUCAAACAUUGAAGCCAAAAAGUGUGACACUGAAUUGAAGGAUGUAGAAAUGAGUACUGAAUUGAAGGAUGUAAUAAUGAAUUUGGAGGAAUUCACAGAUUCAGACAUUGAAGCCAAAAUGCGUGACACUGAAUUGAAGGAUGUAGAAAUGAAUACUGAAUUGAAGGAUGCAAAAAUGAAUUUGGAGGAAUUCACAGAUUCAGACAUUGAAGCCAUGAAGUGUGACAUGUAUUUCAUCAAUCAAGAUAUCCCACAAGUAACAGAACUGCCAUCAAAUGAUGAAGUAACUGUUCCAUCAAAUGAUGAAGCAACUGGUACAAUCGCAAGGGCGUCUAAUCCAUCAAAUGAUGAAGUAACUGUUAUCGUUCGAGAUCCAUUGCAAAAAAAAGUCUCACCUUCAUAUAAGCCCUGGAUGAAGCCUUUUAUGGAGCUAAAAGUAAGAGAGGGUGAGGUGGUUAAUGUAGAUCCAGCUUGUGACGAGAUAGUCGUCUAUCCACGCUGUCCAAACUUGACCCUUCCGAAAGAUGGUAAGGUCUUGCUUGAAAAUGACAAGUGGGUAAUGGUCGAGGUUACGAAGAAGAAAUAAUCAGGCUUGACUGAUUAUACUUGUUAGUUGUUGUCUUAUGAUAUUUUAAAAUUAUGCAGACUUAAAUCACAGAUUGGGUACCAGUUUAUUUGCCAAAACUUCUCAAGAAUUGCUUGAUUUGAACUUAUUCAUGUAUUUGAAUAUCUCAAGAAUUGUUUGAUUGAAC